UGGUCACUCGAAUUGGUUUAUUCCAUUCGUAGUCACCUAAAUUAGUUUAACAGUUCAAGUUCAGUCACCAUCCAUUAACCUCCGUCAGACUCCGUUAAUGUCGUCAGUUAACUGCUGAUGUGGCUAACAGAGAUGCCUAGUCACCCAAUUUUAACCCAAGAAAAACAAAAAUUGACCCGCCACGUCAAAAAAACCUGCCACCUCAUAUAAACACAACCCAACCUAAAAAAAACCAUUAACCCACCCACAAAAAUCUACCUCAUCUGCCUUCCGCCUCUCUCUCUCUUCCGCCAUGGCUCUGUUUCCUCCAUCUCCCUCCCUCAUCUUUUCUCAACACGACUCCAGCAAGGAAGACGACUACGGCAAGAUCCAUCUCUUCUCUCGACUUCCGUCUCCAAGCAGCACCUCUUUCGUCGACUCUGCCAGCAGCCAAUUCUGCUCGACCAAGGCAAAAAGAGUUGGGCGGUGGAGGCAGGGAGGGGAGAGAUAUCGAUGAUGGUGGGAGCCAGGGAUCUAGCGAUCACAUGGGGAGACACUCUCGCGUACUGGCGGUGGGAGAUGGACGCGAAUUCAAGGUUCGCCAGAGGGGAAGUGGCGGCGCUCGAAAUCGUGUGGUGGUUGGAAAUACGGGCCAAGAUCCAGACCCGGAGGCUAUCGCCGGGAACCACGUACGCGGCCUACCUGGUGUUCAAAUUGAUGGGUGGACACAUCGGGUUCGCGGGGCAACCCGUGAAAGUCAGGGUCGGGUUUGUGGGUGACGAAGCCCUGGGCAAGGAAUCGGUCGCGCAUGUGGAUCCGGCGGCGGGGGCUACAACAAGCAGAUCGAGGGGAAAUCCCCCCGGCGGCGGCGGAAGCAGGGUAUAGAGGAAGAAGAAGAAGGGUGGAUGGGUCACGGGUUCGAUUCGGUUCGGGUAUCUUAUGUGUCUGGGUUAUAAUAAAGUAACUGAUGGAUUUUUUUUUGUUUAAAUUGGGUGACUAGGCAUCUCUGUUAGCCACGUUAGCAGUAAACUGACGACACUAACGGAGUCUGACGGAGGUUAACGGAGAGUGACCGAACUUGGACUGUUCAACUAAUUUAAGUGAAUACGAAUGGAAUAAACCAAUUCGAGUGACCAAACGUGGAAUUUUGUAGCAAUUCGAGUGACCAAACUCGCAAUUUAGCCAAUUUGAAAAGUUUGAAAGGUUUGGCUGAUAAAUUUUGGGU